AUGGCAGCUGAACUGGUCAAUGUGAAUGAGUUUCAAGAACUGGCAAGGCAGGCCCUUCCAAAGAUGUACUAUGACUACUUUCGCGGAGGUGCUGAGGACCAACACACGCUUAAGGAAAAUGUGGAAGCAUUUCAUAGAAUCAUUAUUCAGCCAAGAAUUCUUGUAGAUGUUAGGAGGAUAGAUAUGUCGACUACAAUAUUGGGGUACAAUACUUCAGCGCCCAUCACGAUUGCUCCAACUGGAAGGCAUAAGUUGGCACUCCCUGAAGGGGAGGUUGCAACAGCCAGAGCAGCAGCUGCAUGCGAGACCAUAAUGGCGUUGUCCUUUAUGUCUACCUGCACCGUGGAGGAGGUAUACAAAAUACGUGAUGUGUCAGCUCUGAUGGUACACAGAGCCGAAAAGAAUGGAUUCAAAGCUAUUAUUCUUACUGCUGAUACUCCUAGACUUGGUCGAAGGGAGGCAGACAUCAAGAACAAGUGA